ACAAUUUGCUGACUCAGCCUCUUACCCCAACCCAACCGCGGUUAACCCCAUUCCUUCCAUUUUAACUCCACCCCCUUAACCCUAGUUCAAAAUUUACCCCACUUUAACCCUCCGUCACUCCGUCUUCAUUUCUGUUAUAUAAACCCCAACGCCCUAGCAGCCCCCACCGCAACUCACAACUGCACCCCUACCCCUCCCUACCAUGCUCGCUGCGUCUCCGUCCCCGUCAAUUCUCCGACUGUCUCCGCAGAUCUCCGGCGCCAAAAUUUCUGCCAGGCCUUCACCUCCGGUGCCGACUACCAUCAGAUUCCGGCCACCUGUCGCCGCUGCGGCAGCCGCUGAGAGAACCACGUCGUCCUCUUGCUUCUGUCCUCCCAAACUGGCUUCCUCGUGCUCUUCGCUGUACGAGAUUUUAGGGCUCCCGAUGGGGGCCACCGGGCAGGAGAUCAAAGCGGCGUACCGACGACUGGCUAGAAUCUGCCAUCCCGACGUGGCCGCCGUCGGCCGGAAAGACUCGUCAGCAAACGAGUUCUUGAAGAUCCACACCGCGUACUCAACACUCUCGGAUCCAGAGAAGCGCGCCGAUUACGAUCGGGAGCUUUUCAGGCAGCACCGGCCGUUCGGAUCUUUCGCCGGCAUUUCAGCUUCGCCGGUGACGGUUUCGUCGUUUUCCGGCUACCCUCGCCGGAACUGGGAGACAGAUCAGUGCUGGUAGUUUAUUAACUCGAUCGGUUCCUCACGUUCUUGACCUGGAAUUUGGAGCUAAUCUGGAUUAAUUACUAUAAUUUGUUUUUAAAAUUUCUUCGAGAUCGAUGAAAGCGGAGGAAAUAGAUUAAAUAUCUGUAUAUAUUGGGAUCCAUGUCUGUUUGUAUAUUACACGAAGUACUGACCAGCGAAUGAAGAAACACUCCCUGCGAUCGGGCAAUCAGAGCCGUCGGUCCAGUCUUACCGCAUGAUGAUUAACGAUCAUGUAAACGGUAUGCCAGUGAGUUCCAUGCCUCGUUGGGGAUGAUUUUCCGAUAGACGUGCGACCACGCCAGGUUCGGGAUUCAAUCCGGAGUAACAAAUUAGUAAUGUUUUUUUUUUUUGAAAAAAAAAAAUUACUGAGCGGAGUGUUUUAGAUAUUCCGGUGUAAUAAUUAAUUAUUAAUACGAAAAUUUCAACGAUGAUCUUCUUAGAA